AUGGGUCCAAAAUACGAGUGGGUUCUGGGCAUUGACAGGCCACAACCCAAAUUUACUGUUCAUUUCAGCAAUAUUCUUGCAGCAGAAGUGUGCGGAAGACAAGCAGGAGGUGCUCUAUGUCCAAAUGGACUGUGUUGCAGUCAAUUUGGGAUGUGUGGCAGCACGUCUGACUACUGCAGAACUAGCUGCCAGAGCCAGUGUAGUGGCAAUGAUAUUGGCAGCAUUAUCACUCAACACCUCAUUAAUAAUAUGCUUAAAUAUCUAAAUUAUUCACGUUGUCCUGGAAAUGGUUUCUACACUUAUAGUGCUUUCAUUAUCGCUGUGAUCUUUAACGGAUUUGGCACAACCGGAGAUCUUACAACCAGAAAGAGGGAACUCGCAGCUUUCUUAGCUCAAACCUCUCAUGAAACAACAGGAGGAUGGCCAAGUGCACCAGAUGGCCCAUAUGCAUAGGGAUAUUGCUUUAUAAGGCAACAAAACAACCACCAAGCAUAUUGUCUUCCUGGUGUCUAGCCGUGUCCUCGUGGAAGAUUGUAUUAUGGACGAGGACCCUUCCAAUUAGCUUAGUAACAACUUCAUCAUGGGCCAGCUAGAAGAGACAUUGGAGUAGACCUAAUAAAUAAUUCAGACCUCGUAGCCACCAACCCGACUAUAUCUUUCAAGACGGCCAUUUGGUUUUGGAUGACCCCGUAAGGAAACAAACCAUCAAGCCAUAACGUAAUUGUUGGGCAAUGGACACCGUCUGCUGCAGAAAGGGAUGCAGGUUGGCUCCCUGGCUAUGGAGUCAUCAGUAACAUAAUCAAUGGUGAGCUAGAGUGCGGUCAUGGUCCUGAUGACAGAGUGGCGGACAGGAUUGGUUUCUAUCGAAGGUACUGUGACAUAUUAGGUGUAAGCUACAGGAGCAACUUGGAUUGCUAUAACCAAAGGAUUACCGUUAGGGAUAUAACAGAACUUAACGGAAGAUCUAGCAGUAUUCUUGUAGCAGAAGUGUGCAGAACUGGCUGCCAGAGCCAGUGUAGUGGCAAUGAUAUUGGCAGCAUUAUCACACAACACCUCUUUAGUAAUAUGCUUAAAUAUCUAAAUGAUUCACGUUGUCCUGGCAAUGGUUUCUACACUUAUAGUGCUUUUAUUACUGCUUCUCGAUCUUUUAACAGAUUUGGCACAACCGGAGAUCUUACGACCAGAAAGAGGGAACUCGCAGCUUUCUUAGCUCAAACCUAUGAAACAAAAAGAGGAUGGCCAAGUGCACCAGAUGGCCUAUAUGCAUGGGGAUAUUGCUUUAUAAGGGAACAAAACAACCUCCAAGCAUAUUGUUUUCCUAGUGUCUGGCUGUGUCCUCGUGGAAGAUUGUAUUAUGGAUGAGGACCCUUCCAAUUGGCUCACAACUUCAACUAUGGGCCAGCUGGAAGAGACAUUAGAGUAGACCUAAUAAAUAAUCCAGACCUCGUAGCCACCAACCCGACUAUAUCCUUCAAGACGACCAUUUAGUUUUGGAUGAUCCCGCAAGGAAACAAACCAUCAAGCCAUAAUGUAAUUGUCGGGCAAUGGACACUGUCUGCUGCAGAAAGGGAUGCAGGUUGGCUCCCUGGCUAUGGAGUCAUCAGUAACAUAAUCAAUGGUGAGCUAAAGUGCGGUCAUGGUUUUGAUGACAGAGUGGCGGAUAGGAUUGGUUUCUAUCGGAGGUACUGUGACAUAUUAGGUGUAAGCUACAGGAGCAACUUGGAUUGUUAUAACCAAAGGCCUCAUACAAGCGGACGAUCCCAACGUAGUCCUAGUCAACUGUACGAGAAGUGUCGUGAUGUAGUGUUCAAAUGUAGGAAUAUCUCCAAUAGAUAUCCUUUCUCCGGAGGUGAUCGAGAACCAGAAUGCGGACAUCCUAAUUUAGAGCUUCGCUGUGACGAUUUUACUAAUACUACUAAGAUUGAAAUUGUUGGUAUUAAGUAUAAGGUGUUGGACAUUCAUCAUGAAAGUCGAAUUCUAAUAAUUGCGAGGGAGGACUUCAUCAAUAAUGGCUCUUAUCGUCCUCAAAUACCAAUUCAAGAUUCGAUCCUAAAUUCUGAGCUAUAA